AUGUGCAAGAGAUGCCCUGGCUUUCCAGGCACAGGCACCCUUUAUUGGCCACUCUCCUCCGAGGAGCAAGCCGCCGGAAUGGCUCAGGCCUAUCCUCAUUUGCCGGUGCGAUGUGGCCGAUGCGGAUGCCCUGGACACCAGCAUCAGAAUCUCGAGCCCUGGCUCGCCGACGUGAAGGAUCGCGCAGCACAGAUGCGCCACAUCGUCAGUUGGUAUCGGCCCUUGCCCCCCGAACCACACCUGCCCAUGGCCGCUGCCGGGUGGUCCCGCACCUCCGCUGCCCUCUUCGUGCUCACCAACGGCAUUUUCGACCCUCGGCGCCGAUUGGACGCGUCGAAGGCGAAACCGUUGAUCUCCGUGGUAGCGCCCACCAGCUUUUCGCGCCAGGGCUUCCAUCCUCUGCUCUACGAUUGCUUUUGCCGGCAAGAGUACCAUCCAAAGGAAUUGGUGGUCGUUGACACUGGCCCGGAGCCAUCGUCCUUUUUCCAGGAGCGGGUCAAGGAAGAUCCGCGAAUCAUCUAUCGACACUUUUGUGUGGCGGAUUCGCGAUUAGAUCUCCCAGAAGGGUGGAAGAAAGGUGCCCCUGUUCACUUUGGCUUUAGUACCCCAGAUCUUUGGUCCUCCCGGGGCUUGCGCCCAAGUGCUUGGUCGCUGGGUAUGAAGCGGAAUGUGGCGAUCGAGCUCUCAGCGGGCGAGAUCAUUGCCCACUUUGACGAUGACGACUUGUACGCAGAGGGCUACCUCACCUGGAUGUCAGCACCUCGGCGAAUGAGGAUGGCGCGGAUGGAUCGUCUCCAGCAGGUCCUGGAGAAGUCGGAGCCAGUGACUUCGGAGCACAUUGAAUCCACCUGGGCACCUGCGGCCAUUACACUGAAGGCCUGGCACUUGCUGGACCUUUCGGACAUGACCUUUGGCUUCAUGGAUGUUGAGAAGGACCCAUUGCUGCCCAAGGAUCAGCGCUACGGGUGGCUCUAUGGCUGGGGCUUCUCCUACGUCUUCACUCGUGCUUGUUGGGAGUUGACACCAGUGCCAGACGUGGAGUGGUCAGAAGACAUCAGCUUCUAUGAGGAGCUCCGGCGCCUCAAGGAAUUUCAUGGCACUUUUGUGGCUCAAGCUGAUGCUGAAUUUGUUUGGCUAGCGGCUAUGAUGUCCUCCCGUUUAGUUGCGUUGGCGAUCUUGGGUGCUUGGAGUGUGUCUUUGCAAGGCUGCAGCGAGAAAAAGCCCGAGCCCAAGACGUCCUGCAGCAUCAAAACCAGCAGCGUCGCCCUCGCCGCGACGAAGCCUUGUAACAAAUCCAUCCCCAGCAAGACGCUGGAGACUCCAGAUGUUGUGGUGAAGACCAUGCAGGAUGAGAAGGGUUUCGUGGAAAUGCAGCUUCAGAUUGGGAACAACACCUUCAAAACGGCUGACCGGUCCUCCUUCGCCUCGUCGCCCAAGAACCUCACCCAAGUGCCUGUGGUCCCGGUGCGUCCAGAACGGGUGAUUUGCGCGCACAGCUACCACGCCAAGGUAAACACCAGCGGCGGGGAGUUUUCCGGCGCUGUGCGUUGUGGAGAAGCGAUUUGGGAGGCGCCCACGGAGCUUUUGGACCUGUUGCCCUUAGCGGAAGAGGCCGCCAAACGGGUGGCCCAGCACAUGGGCAGCGAACUCACUGUGGCGGACAAGAGUGGCUUCCGGGUCAACUUGUCGGAGAAGAAGGCCUGCCGCAGCGCUGUGCGCGCCGACGCGGCGGCGUUCAACGCCCUGGCGACACGUGCCAACAGCUGGACAGAGGCGUUUUAUCACUUCACCUGGGCUCGUCACCAGGGAAUCACCUGCACUUCGCGCUCCCUACGCAGCGCGUGUGCUUCGGGCGUGCGAUGGCCACAGGGGCUGGAGCUCUUGACCCUUUUCGAUGCCAUGCACAUGCGCUUGGACAUGGUGGCCUUUAGCGCAACUGCCCAUGGGGCAGUGGCGGUCGGACAGUGGACCACCGUGCUGGAUGUGUUGCUGAGCCUCCAGUUCUUCAAGCUUGAAACCAGUGCCGUACUGCGCAACACCGCAGUGAACGCCUUGUCCAAGACCUUGCAAUGGCAAAGAUCCUUGCAGGCCGUUCGUGCUGCUACCUUCCAGCAGCUGCGCCCUGACCUUUUCACGUUGAGCACACUCCUGUCGGGCCUUCCUUGGAGCUGGGCCAUGACCAGCAUGGAGGAAGUCUCUCCAGGAGUGAGGAGAAAUGUGCAAAGCUGGGGCGCUUUGCUUGGGACCUUCGCUCCGAGUGCUUUGUGGGAAAUGGCCAUCAGCACGCUGAGGAGCAUCCCUGAUGGACUGAACCUCACCAUGAUGAACAUUAUCUUGAGCGCCCUGGAAAAGGGUAGCCGAUGGCAGGGUGCCCUUACAAACCUCCAGGCAGGUCACGAGCAAAGCCUCCAAGUGGACUCCAUUAGCUUGAACUCGGCCCUCAUGUCCUGCCGGCAAGUUCAGAAGUGGGCAGAGGCCAUGAGCAGCUAA